UUUCAGUUUUUUGAUAAUCUAAUGAACGCGGCCAAAAUUCGGCGGUGAAGAGCUUUUCGCGCAAAAUCGUCUUAUGAAUGCCGCAUGAACGAACAGUGGUCGUGUGCCGGUAUUUGUGUAGAACCGCAAUCUGAGCAGCGGUCGCUUGGUACCAACCAACAAGCAACAGCAGAAACACAUAAUCUCUCUGGAACUGAUAGGACAACUCCGGCAGCGUCCAUUUCAGCGGCAGGAACUCCAACAAAUUUUCCUAAUUGUUCAUCAUCCUCCUCAUCGUCACAACCUGAUUGUGCGACUGGCGCUACAAACCUUUCCAAUUCAUCAGCAGUUGACGGUCGUAUAUUGACUCCUUGCCCUACAACAUUCAACAAAGUGGAAGAACAGAAGAGCAGCAGCUGCAAUUAUGAACCUUCAUCGAGUGUCCCAACGGACGAUAUCCUUUUGUCGUCCAGUUCAGAAACGCUGACAGACGAAACUUAUCCAUCUACCAGUACAGCUCAUACUAAUAUUUUUGACGAAAAAGCAACGUUACAGGAUUGCCAAUUAUCUCGAAUUAUACGUCGUCGUUGCAGAUUUUUGUUACCGUCUAAUAUUUCCCUUAAAUUAUUGCGGAUAGCAUUGAAACAACCAACUACAUUGAAACAUUUAAGUAUAACCUCAGUGAAAGUGGGUGAAUCAAAUCUAUUACCAGUGGUUGUGAAUGAUGCAACGCUAAGCCUACUUUCACUUCCAUAUCCCAGCGCAGGUUCUGAAAUGAAUUCUUUGGCUGGUGUGCCAGUGAAUGCUAAUGCAGCUGAUCGAGCACGUGUUUAUGAUUCUUAUCAGAGUGAGAAUAGCCGACAUGAAUUGACGCCAUCAACUUCAACCGGUCAUGCACCAAGUAAACGAAAAGCUGGUAUGAUUAAUAAUGAUGUAUAUCAGACAGUGGUCGGGAUGCAUGGUUAUGUGGGAGCGACUACUGGACAGCCCAGUGCAACUGCUGUAGUAGGUUCUGCGAAGCAGCAGCAACCGCAGACUGCAUCUAAUACCAGCAGCCCAUUGCUGGUCAACUUACUAAGAAGUUCAUCACCAGUUGCUAGCGCCGGCAUGCAUAAUUUGCAGCAUACGCAUAUGUCGCGUCCUUCUACUGCUUCGGUAAUGCAGCAUAUGUCUGCGCCUUCUCCACAAACUCAGGGAACUGCUGGUUAUUCGCCAUAUCCGUAUAUGGGGCAAAACGCAAUAAAUGCGGCAGUGCAGCCUGGUCGAAUGCGUCCUUCAGCAACCCCUGUGGAAGGUUCUCACUUACCUACCUCGACACAUGCACAUUCUGAACAACAGCAUAUGAGGCCAACGCCUCAGGAGGUCAGUAUAGAAAGGCAUCAACAAAUAGUUUCUCCUCAGCAGCAAAGUGCACCAGCGCAGCAAUUACCUCAGGCAUAUUAUCCUCAGUAUAACCAGAGACGCCCAAUGCUUGCUGGUUUCGCAGUCCGCGGACAAAUACCGCAGCAGCAAGCUACUGUUUAUGCACACCAACAGGGACAAAUGAUGCCUCCUCAUUACAUCCAUGUGCAACAACAAUCAAGACUUUCUGGACAGCCAAUGCCAGUUCAUUUCCAGCAGACAGUCUCUUUAGAGCAGGAUAUAGGCGCAGCUGGGGGUCAAAUGCCUGUUGCCGCUCCUCCUCCCAAGAAAAGAAAACGACCAACUAAAAAGCAGUUGAAAGAAGCUGAAAUGGCGCAGCAAGCUGCAGCUGCUGCGGCAGCGCAACAGCAGUUCAUGAUGGAGCAGCAGAUGAAUAACCGAGUGCCUUCUGCAAAUGCUCAUACGGUGGAUAGGCCUACAGUCAUGUCACAGGUAAUGCAUAGUGGACAGCCGAAUAUAGGAAUAACUUAUGCGCAACAUUCGCAAGGGUAUCCUCCACAAACUCUUCGUUCUCCUCCGGCUGUUUCUGCACAAACAGGACCAGUGAUGCAGAAUCCAUCUUCGAAUUCUUCCUUUUAUCAACAACAAAACGUUUGGAUUCCACAGCACCAGCAACAAAUUAUGCCACAGCAACGGACACAGAUGAUGUAUAGUGGUCAGAUGCAGCAUCACUGGCAAAAUAAUCAGACGCAUCAUCCACGAAUGAUGUAUCCUCAAGCGGAUAACGUAUCCGAUAUGAGUGCUGGUUCAUCUGGCAGUGUCCAUACAUCUCCUAUGACUAGUCGAAAUGCGUCCAUUGACUACUCACCAGCAUCACAGUCUAGCAGCGCGAUGUCGCCAUUAUAUCAGCAACAGCAACCAAAUAUGGUUUAUCAGCAGCCACCAAACCAACAAACACCUCCAUCUGGUUUAACUUAUCCGCAACCUUCAUCAUCACAACAGCAAGUAGGUGUUCCUGCACGACCUCAGCAGCAACAAACAAUGCCAGUGCAAAUACAAGAACCACAACAACAGCAACCACCUCCGUUCUCUGCAGAACAACAAUGUCUAGACAUGCAACCGAAGAGCUGCUUGCCGGUAUUACAAGGUGGAGGCGAUUUUGAAAUGGAUGAUGAACUGGGUGCUAAUAUUGCUGAUGACUGUGGCGAUUACAGUGAUUUGGAUUCCAUUGAACCAAUGACCGAGUCGAGCGAGUUUGGGGCCACAUUGAUGGCUUCCCAUCAACAGAUGCAACAACGGCCAGCAAGUACUCAGCAACACAUACAGCAACAACAGCAGCAGUACUAUGGUCGUAUGUUGCCUCCUCAAAAUCGUUACGACAUUCAAUUACCAAUGCAACAGCAGGGUGUUGGUUACAUGCGACAAAUGUGUAAUGAAACACAAAUGCGGCAAUCUGGCUUUCCGGGUGCUCUCAGUCUAUCUCAACAACUACAGCAAUCACUUUCUCAGGGUUAUUCAUCACAGCAGCAACAGCAACCACAAGGGACAACCAAUUUAUUUAUGAGUCCACCAUCACAGCCAAAUUGUUCCCCUAGCCCUUAUACUCCUCGAUCAUCACCAUUAAAAGAUGGCAACAGCUUUGCUACCCGACAGCAGCAGCAGCAGUCGAGACAUAUUGCAGUAACACAUCAGCAGUAUGCGACAUCUCCGUUACCGCAACAGCAACAUCAGUCUGUUCGUACACCACUUAGUGCUCCACCAACUGUGCACUCACAGUCACAGCUGCAUCCAAAUUGUGGACGAAUUGAUGAUUUACGAUCAUCUCGAUCAGAAGGUGAAGCAACGCCGCGAGCGCCAACCACUGAUUCAAACGUCGCUUCCAUUGAAUAUGAUAAGGAUCCUAUCAAUUCUACAAUAGAUGCAGUAGUUAUGCGAGCACUUUCGGACCAAGACAGCCUUUCGUCGACAAGCAUUUCGAAUUAUUUUCGUGGGUCACGAAAUCGUUCAUCAGCAAAUACUCAGUCUUCGACGGCUGAACAGACUGGGACUAAUGACAGAAAAAUGAUGGGUAACAACGUCACUGUUAGUGUGAGAUCAGUACCGAUGAAUGCGACCAAACAACCAGGACAGUUUCAGAGCUCCCAAGAAACUCAGCAGCUUUCAAACACUGACAGUAGUGUGAUGGAAGGUUCAGGAUUAGGAGCUAUUGGUUCUCGUAAUGGUCAGGCGACGGGGAAUUCCGCUUUCCCUUCAAGUAAAACUUCAAUCUCUUCUCAGCAAAUGGCUUCUACAAAUCGCGAUAAUCUUCCUGGUGUUACAUGUGGUGGGAAUAGCGAAAUGCAUGCUGUAACUUUGUCUGGUAGAAAACAGAAAGAUCAAAGAAUUAGUGACCGAAGUGGUGACCAGAGGUCAAACAGCACGGUUGAACAGCACCAUUUGACCAAUGGGCAUGAGUCAUUGAACAUGCUAAAAGAACGCGGAUUUGCUCAGGUAUGCAACGGAAUGCUUCCGUUAUCGCAGUCAAAUGAUGAUGAGCGGAGAUUAACAGGUGGGUUGGCUUCAACAACGACAGUAACUGAUACGCAGCAACCGCAACGAUGUUCCCCAAAAGCUGGAGGAACAGCAAGACGUAGUCGUCGUAAGGCAGAUUUAUCGCUAGAAGCGUUGUCUUAUGAUGACGAGGAUGAAAUUACCGUCCCAACAUUUGGCACAACUCAAUCAGCGUAUCAAGCUCCGUAUAUGAGACGUGUAAGCGGUCCCGGUGGUAUUGUUGUUGGAUGUAGUGGAAGCGUUUCAGCGCAACCUCCUUUCGCAAAUAUCAGUGUUCAAAGUGCUCAGAAUAAUUUUUCUGCCACAGUAGCUCGACAGCAGCAAAUGUUAAAGCAGCAACCGAAAACGUCGUAACGUUUUUGUACAGAGAACAACGGCCUCAGCUAAUUACCACUUUUAAUAAGUCAUUUGUGAUCACUGUGUGAGACAGUUUUGUUAUGCGAUGUUUUUGUUCAGUAUUCUGCGCUUCAAGUGGGAGUUCGGUUCACGCUCAACUUUCAAAUUAGGUCUGAUUUCCUAUUUGUGUUUUUUUUUCCUGGCAAUUCUUUUUUGCUGUUGGUUCUGUUGUUUUUUAAACCGGUGUAGUUACAGAAUUUGAAGAUCGUAAAGUUAAUUUGCCGCAACUUUAAGGUGCG